AUGGAUGCCAAAAUUGAUCCAGCCUUGGAACAGCAGUUCGACUUGAACCUUAUCGAAGCUGUCAAAAUGAAUCCGGUCAUUUAUGAUCGCUCACAUUUCAAUUAUAAACAUUUUGUGCGUAAGGCCCAAACAUGGAAACAGAUAGCCGAGUCGUUGGGAGUUCCAGAACAAAAAUGUACAAAACGUUGGAAAAGUUUACGUGAUAAAUUUGCGCGGGAACUGAAAAUCAGUCAAGAUUCGAGAUGGCGUUAUUUCAAACAGAUGUCAUUUCUAAUGGAAUCGAUACGUCAGUAUCGUGAAUCAUUGCUGGGCAAGGUGUCGUCAGCUGGUAUACCCGCAAAUACAACAAAUACCGUAACAGCACAGGUGGAGGCACCCCAACAAACCCAUCAACAUCAACAAUCGCAGCAACAAGUGGUUGAUUUGUUUACAACACCGUUUAAUGGCAGUGCCACAAUAACAACACAAUCACUGACAGGACAUCCACAUGCCAUCUUGGUUACGGGCGAUGCUGCACAAUUGGCUGCUGCCAACAAUGCCGUUAAAGACCAAAAGACCUACUAUUAUGAGCCUGUUAUGAAACGUGAACGUAUCGUUGAAGAUGAUCAGCAGCAACAACAGCAGCAGCAGCAACAACAACAGGCGGCAGCGCAGCAACAACAACAGCACCACUCCGAUAUGCUCAGCUCCAUAAAAAUAUUCCAAAACAGCAUUAGCCAAAAUGUUAGCGCCGAAGACCAAUCGUUCGGUGUGGUUGUCACCGAUAUGUUGAAUACGCUGGGCGUACGGCAAAAGGCCGAGGCGAAAGUUCACAUAAUAAAAUAUCUCACCGAUAUGCAAUUGCUGGCUCAACACAACAAAUACUGAGAUACGGUUAUAACAUUAACAGAUAAAACAUGCACAACUAUGUUCUCAUUCGUUCCACACCAUCACUCCACCGCCACCGAGAAGGUUGU